AUGGAUCCUGCGAAUACGAAUAUCGUCGACUGGACCUUUUCAGGCCGUUACGACCCAGAAAAGCCAAUCCUCAUCGACGCCGCAGAUCCGAGCCGCUUCAUCACUAAGAACAAGGCUAUCGAGCUCGUCGCUAGUCUGAUCGGCGCCUUCGAGCCAGACUGCACAGUCUGCCUGCACAUUGGCAAUGACAUCCUCUAUCCAAUACUAUGCUUGGCAAUCUGGGCGAAUCGCUGCAGAUGGACUGGUCCCAACAUCUCGUACAAGGCGCCUGAGCUGGAGCAUCAUAUCCGAGUUUCGCGAACGAAGUACAUCAUUGUCGCUGACGACCGACUCGAGACUGCUCGUGCGGCCGUUAGUGGCAGCAGCACGAAGGCACAGAUCAUUCGCUUCACCGACUUGCUCGCACCACCCCCUCCAUCUGGGCGGCAUAAUUGCUGCGGUGUCCACAAGCGACAUUGCCACAGCAGCAAUGCGUCUGAAUUCCCGAGCUUGCAUGACAUCCAGAGCCCAAAUGACUCCAUUGCAACGCUAAUGUCGACCUCCGGAACCACGGGACUGCCAAAGCUGGGUGCCCGCACUCAGCGCGCCACCGUUCUGGAGUCCGCUGCUGUCGAAGACAACAACUCUCUCAAGUCUUACGAGAUCCGUCGGCUGUUUUCGACACCAAUAUUCCACUCCUUCUCGACACCGGAGAUGGUCAUCAACAGCCUACGUCUCGGCAUCCCGGCAUAUUUCGUAAAGCGCUUCGACAUUGUCCAAUGGCCACUCUACGUUCAGAAAUAUGGCAUCACUGAGGCCUUCGCUCCUCCUGCGAUGCUUCAGAUGCUCGUCAACUGUCCUCAUGCACACCCACUGAUCCAAUCUCUCCGGAAUGUCUACACUGGCGGCGCUCCCUUCACAUCAGAGUUGAAGGUAAAGUGGGAUGCAAUCUUCCCUAGCAAGGUGGAUGACUCCAGCGCGGUGGGUAGGCCGAUUCCCGGUUGCGAGAUUCGACAGUCCAAAGACAACAUUACGACGUACAACGACAUCGACGUAGCAGAGCUGCAUAUGCACUCACCACAUGUUAUGCAAGGCUACUAUGGCAAUCCAGAAGAGACGAAGAAAAUGUUCACCGAAGAUGGCUGGCUCAAGACAGGCGAUGUAGGCUAUAUCCAAGACGGCAAAGUCUACAUCGUCGACCGUGCCAAGGACCUCGUCAAAGUCAACGGCUUCCAAGUCUCGCCGACAGAGAUUGAGGACGCCUUACAGCUACUCCAACAUGACAUCGAAGAAGCUGCAGUCUUUGGCGUCGACACCGACAUCGAAGAACACCCCUUCGCAUAUGUCGUCCGCAAGCACGACGGCGUCACUAUCGAAGCCAUCAAGCGCUUCCUGGACGAACGACUCUCAUCGUACAAGGUCAGCAAGAUCGAAAUCGCCUUCAUCGACAAGAUCCCUCGCAAUCCAAGCGGAAAGAUUUUGAAGAAGGACUUGCGCAAGAUUGCUCGGCCAGAGUAG